AUGCGACAAUUCGACUUUCUUCUAACGUGGCACUUAUACUAUCUAAUAAAAGCUGGUCCUUUGUACCGAGGUCUUUUGAAUGGGUAUUGCGAGAAAAAUGACUUGACGAUCAAAGUGAAUGUGAAGGGAAUGGAUAAGUCCUCACAAACUAUCGAAGUUGAGCCUCGAUUUCCUAAUUAUGUUCGAGAAGAUGAGCUAGAUGCUUCGGAAGUAAGCAGAAAAUAUGUCUUCAAUCUACAAGUGUCUCAAUUCAUUAAUGAUCGAUUUGUUCGCGUUAAGGAAUUCAGAUUCACAACAAAAAUAUUUUGGGGCUUGAAAUUUUGUCAUUUCGUUUUUGCCCUGAAAGAUUCAAACGCAGGUCAUGCUUGCUUUAUCGCCGGUUUAUAUGCUCGCCGGUUUUUGUUGCUUCAUCUUUGCCUACUUGCUGAAGGAAACGGAUGCAUUGAAGAAAUUCGAAGACCGCGUAACAUCGCUGCUUGGCGAGGGAGCAAGAAGAACUCUGCCCACCAGCUAACAACCGGUAAGAACAGUCAGUGCAGA